GGCAAGUCCCUUGAUGAAAGUGAUUUGACGGGCAGCAGAAGCUCCGGUGCGCCUCCUGUGCGUUUUCUUUGCGCGCACGCCUUUGAUGGUGUCACGCAAACCCCCCACGGCGGCGUGUGUGUGCGUGCUCAGUCCGUCUGGCUGUCUGUCUAAUAAGACUGACCCCCCAGCAAGCGGUUUAAAGGGAACACAAGAGCGCUGAGUCAACGAAUCGCAAGCAGAAGGAUGCAACAGUUGAUGUGCGCAUAAAUGUGCAGAGUUUUUCUCGCGUUUGGAGACGCUCUGCUCACAAGGAGGAUGGUGGCCGUGAUCCAUCAGGGGAAACGGCUCCAAUCUUAGAUUGCUUUAAAAAAAAAAAAAAAAAGAAGAAGAAGAAGAAGAAAUUAAGAAAACUGCAUAUUUGUUCCUCCACAAGGCAGUGACAAAAAAAAGAGAGCAAGCGCUGCUCUCUCUACAAAUAAAUGGGACGUUUUGGACUGAAACGCAUUCGAGUGGACUUUCGCGCUCUGCUGGAAUGGAGUUAAUGCAUAAAUUUCAGACGGUCUGCGGCGGCGAGUGAGCGAUCUGCCGAGCGGAGUGCAGCAAACAUGCAGCGGAUUCUGCAGAGGAGGCGAGUGCGCAAGCUGCGAGUCGUCUGGGCUUCCCUGGCGCUGGUGGCUCUGUCUCUGGCCGCCUGCAGCGCGCUGUUCACGGCGUGGACCUGGCGACAGACGCGGGACCUGUCCCAGUCCUUCCAGAUCCUGCAGGACCGACUCGAGCAGGUCAACACGCAGAGGAAGGCAAUUGUUCAGCUCAUUCUGGAGAAGAGAGAGCUGCUGCUGGAGCGAGUGAAGCGAGACGGGGGCUCGGUGCGAGGGAGAAACGGGAAUGGAAGGAAAGCGGCGUCUCAUUUCGAGAUAACCAAACUCUCCUCUCAGCAAGUCGGAGAAGGGGGCGUGAUAAAAGGCUGGGAGGAGAGGACGCUCAAUAUGAGUAAAGCGGUGAGGUACAACAAGGAGGAAGGCAAAUUCACGGUGGAGAGAGCAGGAGUCUACUUCCUGUUCUGUCAGGUGUUGUUCAAUGAACAGCAGUCUCAAUAUGUGAAGCUGGACGUGAUGACCAACGGGCCCCGGCCCCAGAAGCUGCAGUGCAUGGAGGGCUACGGGACCACGCCCUCCGCGGGGCCGCACUCCUUCCACUUCGUGAAGCCCUGCCAGGUGUCUGGCCUCCUGCGGCUGGAGAGGGGCACAGAACUCCAGGCCAAGACGGGCCCGUCCUUCAGCCUCCACCCGGUGGCCAAUCACGUUUUUAGCAUCUUCAAAGUCAACUGAGGAUCGGCGCUCGUCUGAUCUUAGUCGCAAACUAUUCUCGUGUAACACAAAUCCAGCAGGACUACUGCAGAAUGUAAUUGUUUGCAUUGAAAAUGGAUAAUAUAAUUUUUUUUCUCCUACGAGGCCAAACAAAAGGCUACAGAUAUUUCCCACAUGUGCUCAUAUGAGAGACAAAGCUGACAUUUGUGGAAGCUGUAGAGGAUUUUUCUUUUUUUUUCCUCUGGACUGCAGCCUGUUUUGGAAUUCAGUUUUGGAUUAAAACCAAGACCUACAGUGAACGCAAAAAAAAAACAAAAACCAAAAAAAAUCCUUGAUGAACUUCUGCCGAGAGAACAGAUGUGACGGAGGCCGGUCUGUGGAUUAAAGAGCUUCACAGAAUAAGAAAAUUCCUUGGAGGUCCAUCUUAGCCCCCGUAUAAGUGCGCGUGAACUUUCAGUAAGCUCACAUUUAAGAUGUGCACCUUCCACAGAUGAGAGCACAUCUGCGAGAGUCUGACUCUGUAAAGGCUUUCUCCGGUUAGCAUUGACUGUUUAAAUAAUGCUGCCUUUGUGUGAGUGCAUGUGUGUGGGUGUGUGUGUGUGUGUGUGAAUGAACCCUGAUGAAUCAAAAACUUCGUGCUGAUUUUCUGAUCUCGUCGAUGCGAGGCCUCUGUGUGAAGUUGCUCUUUUUUUCCAAUGUUUUGUAUAUAAGUCACUUAUUUUACAGAAUGUGCCUGAAGUCCUGAGUUGGCAGAGGAAAGGGGGAACAUUUUUUUAGAAUAACGCGGAUGUGAAUUUCUUCUUCUUGUGUUUUUUUUUUUCUAUGGAGAAAUGAUUGUAUAGUUUAAAAGUCAAGGUUCAAAGCAUUGCAAGCGAAGCAUACCGCUGUAUAUUCUGCUUUAUCUGCCAUUUUUUUCUUUCAGGGUGUUCCUCCUCUGUUUGAUGAUGCAAUGGCUAUUACUCAUACACUUUUUGUAACUUUUUAUAAGCCAAGGCGGCGCUAAAAAAGACUGAUUCAAGUAAUGCAACUAUGCAAGAGUCAAAAUGUGUUCUGGCAUUGAAUUUCAGCACAAGUAGCUGUAAGAACUCUGUUGGCGGUUCCAUACAGAUUCUCAAGUGUAGCCAUCGAAAUGUCAGGGUUUCUCACAAACAAAAACAGACAUGACUAUUUCAUUGACAUUUCAGGUUUGCAUCAUUAUUUUUUUAUUAUAAAAUAAACACAAUGAAGGGCUCACACAAGCGUAGGUCAAGACGCUUUCACUACAGUAGUUGGACACUAUUGCAUUUUUUUUAUUAGCUUAAGAGUAACACUUAAUUAUUGUAAUAUCUGUAUUUAAAUGUAAGACUUCACUGACUAUCUUAUUGAUCGAAGCGCAUUUAUGUCACAGACUCCUCCCAUAAACUUCUCUUUCUUUUUAUUGGCCGAUAUGCAGCAGCCUGACGUCAGUCCAUGAGGUUUAUAAAGUUUAUAAAGAACUAAAAGCACAGCUAUUCAUUUUCUAACUUGCUAACGCAUUACAGAAUAGCUCUAAAUGUUAGCACUAGCACAGUGUUGGCACAAUCAGAAGCUACUUCAAGCUUUAUGUCAUGGCGUCAGUGGUGGUUUUUGGUAUUUUCAAUAUGGUUUUCUGCCCAGGGCGGCAUAGCACAAGGGAAACUGUUGUGUACUGAUGCUUGUUAGCAUGUUCAGUCAAUGGAAAUGGAUCCUUGAGGCCUUUUUGGACUGCUGGUGACCCGGCACUGGUUGUGUUUCCAUGGAGCAGAAUGCUGGGGUAAGGAUCAUCACUAGAUCAUGACAGGAUUUAUCCGACGGUGUCGGUCAAAAUGACGGGCAUCGAGAAGCUCUUACGCAAGAACCAAUCGCAGCAGACUCCUAAUCAGUCCCGUCUGUCCGGCCCGAAUGGGACUACAGCUCUUAGGGUCCCAGAGAGUGGGCUGAACUGGGCCAUAAGGGCUAAGGCAAAGACGCAGAACCCAGAUAUGAAUCCACCACAGGUCGGGUCGGGUCAGGCCCUGCAGUGCAACAAGGCCUUCAGACAUAUCAGACCUUUUCUGUUUUCUUCUACAAUGAACAGAAAAUUGAGAUUUACUUAUUCUAUAUUUCAGAUACGUCAUCAAAAGUAGUUCUAUUUCAUAAACGGGCUCAAUAACGAGAGCGAGUUUGCCUUUGGGUGCGUGUGGAUCAUCAGAAGGAGGGAAUCAACCCAGCUACCAAUCAUCCAAGAACCGCCACUGACUUGGAAAGUAAAAAAAAAAAAAUGACUGGAUGUUGUCUUCUUUGUGUUUGUGCAACUUAAGUUAUGAACAGCUGUAAUAGAGUUAGUGUUUAUGUCAGACUAAACAAAAAAUAACUAAAAUUCUGCUUUUGUGGGUUUGAAAAAAAUAAAAAAAAGGAUAGCUUUGGCAAAAAUGACAAAACUGAACCUUGAAUGCGAGGUUUUAUUUUUUACCAUUGAGCAAAGAUAAUUCAAAUAUCUUCCUGCCUUAACCAGAUUGCUUUUCUGUUACUUUUAAAAAUAUAUAUUUGAGUAAAUGGAACUUCCUCCUGUUUCUCCUAAGCUGCGGCUUUGUGUAAUAUUCCCUGUUAUAUUUCAGGGUGUAUUUCUAGCAUUGGGAUUCAGCACUCCCACUCUUGUUUAUAAGGAGUUUUUGUGGCCGGACCGCAUUGGUUUCUCCUCAGCACUUUACGGCAGCGAUUGUUGUGUUCCUAAUUGGACUCAAACGUUGAUGUUUUCAAAUGGAAAUCUUUUUUAAAUUUAGACAAUAAAUCCCUUGUGCUUCCUCUUUCCUUUUUUUUUUUUUUUGUCGUCUGUGUAACCCCCACCUACGCCCACACCCUCUCUACAUCCAUGUGGACAUCAUACUUCCCUGUCAGCAUUCAUCAUAACACACGCACACACAGCAAUGGUGAUCUAAAUUUUCACUUCCUAGAUCUGAAUCCGAACCACAGCUGAGGAAAAACAUGCCUUGUCCCUCCCCCAUCUCCACACACAGUUUAACACACAUCUCUGCCUAGAAUCCUUUUUUAAACUUUUUUUUUGUUCUUUUUCAUUUAACACCCCUGAAUGUCUUGUGAACAGAUUUGUAAAAUAAAUGAUGGAUGCAUG